AUGUCUCUUGCUCUAAAACCUUUACUCUUGUUCCUCGUACUCUGUGCGUUGAAUCCUUUACCCUCUGUCGAGUCUGCAAUUCCAUUUAUAACAACUCUCCAAAACCUGAGGGGCAUUAGUAGGGGACAAAACGCGGAUGGCGUAGGUAUACUAAGAAUCUACCUUAAAAGUUUAGGCUACCAAGUAAACGAAAAAUCUCCUUCCGACAACAACUUCGAUGCAAACGAUGAAUCUGCUCUGAAACAGUACCAAGCUUUCCAUGGCUUGCACACCAGUGGUGUGGUGGAUGAUCAAACCAUCGAAACCAUGAGCCUCCCGCGUUGUGGAAUACCUGAUAUCACAGCCACUCCUAACCCUAACCCUAACCCUAAUGGUUUGUCGUCGUCGCCCCCCCAAAACUACAGUUACUUCCCAGGAAAUCCAAAAUGGAGCAAGUUUAACUUAAAAUAUCGAGUGACUGCAAACCCUUCAAAUGUUGCCGUCAGCCUGAAUGUCUUGAGACAAGUAUUGAGCAAUGCCUUGAACACCUGGAGACAGAACAACAGUUUCACGUUCAAUGAAACCACUGGUGUAUCUGACAUAGUCGCUGGCUUCCAGCGUCUCUCCCACGGGGAUGGCAACCCAUUUGAUGGGCGAGGUGGGGUUCUGGCACACGCUUUUGCUCCACAAGAUGGAAGAAUGCACUUGGAUGCAGAUGAAAGGUGGAGCACUACAGGGAUAUCACCAACCAUUGAUCUUGAAACUGUUUGUUUGCAUGAACUUGGUCACAAUCUGGGGCUUGGACACAGUAACGAUCCUAACGCGGUUAUGGCACCCACAUAUGCAGGGGUACGACGGACUCUAAGACAAGAUGAUAAGGAUGGUUUAAACAAUCUAUAUGGGUUUUAA